ACUAACCUCAUACUUUUCAUUUAGUUAUCGAGCAUUUAAAUUAAUCUUUAGUAACAUUUUUUAAAUGAAAGUUAUUAAGAUUAUAUUCUUAAUAUUAAAACAGUGUAAAAAAUAUAAAUUUAUUAAAUCAUAAAUUCAAUGAAUUCUAUCAAUGCCUGAGAUAAUCUAAUAAAUUAUAAAGUACUGUAUAUUAAUUGAUAAAAUUAUUUUAUCAUUUCUUAUAUUAGAUUUUGAAAAUGCGAAAAUAUUAUCAAGCUGCACUUGUAAUAAUUGCUAUAAUGAGUCUUGUGUCUUUAUUAUUUUAUAGACAUGAAUAUAACAAGUUAAGAUAUGUUUUAGAAGUUUUUAAUUAUUUUGGUAAGCCAAAUCAAAAAAAUGAAAUAAAUUGUACCAAUAAUAUACCAAUAUUUACAAAACUUGACAUGAAAUUUGAAGAACCACUUUCUUCUUGGCAAAGAUUAGAGAAUGAUUUAUAUGUUUAUUCUGCAUAUAAUAUACAUGAUAAUGAAAUUCAAGUAAUAGGUUUUGGUUCAUCAAAUAAUAUUAAGAAUAUGCAAUGUGCAAUAUUAUUUGAAAAUGAAACUAAUUCAAUUUUAGGAGAUUUUAGUUAUCUCUUAAUUGAUGAUAAUUUAAAUAUUGCAAAUAUUGAUAAAAAUUUUAAUUAUAAAGGAUAUCAUUUUUAUUGUGCAUACACCAAAAAUAAAAUACCAAUAGGAAUAAUGUUUUUUAUAAAAUCUAAUUCAGAUCUUAAUAAUGUGCCUAUAUUACCAAUCAAAAGUCAAUCACAUACUUUAAAUUAUGCCAAUACUGCAAUAUGCAUUACACCAUCAUUGACAAAACCAAUACAACCAUUACAAAUGAUUAGUUUUAUAAAAUUUCAUGAUAUAAUUGGUGUGGAUAAUUUUAUAGUAUAUGAUUUUGGUAUUCCAAAUGAAUAUAAUAGUAAACUUAAAGAAUUAUCUAAAUCUCAAAACUCAUAUUGGAAAUUUACAUAUACAAUAGUGCCAUGGAAUUUUCCUUUUUCCAAUACUCAUCCUACUAUAAUAAAAAACUUGAUACAAGCAGAUUGUUUGUAUCGUACAUAUAAUAAAGUUAUGUAUAUCAUUACAUUAUCUUGGGAUGAAUAUAUAGUUUUAAGAUAUCAUCAUUCCCUUACAGACUUAAUGAGAGAUUUUAAAAGAUCUAGAUUAAAAGCUGAUCGUUACAAAUUAAAGACAUUAACUUUUUGUACAGAACAAACAGAUAAUCUAAUCAAUAGAAAUGUAACAUUUAUGAUAUUUAAAAAAUUACAUUAUGAUUCAAGUAUUCUUGAUAAUCAACCAAUUUAUAUCUAUAAUAUGCAUGAAAUAUUAAAAAAAAAAAAUAUAUAUACACGAGCGAUUGGAAAAGAUUUAAUUACGUUAAAUCGUUAUCAAUAUUGUUUCGAAAAAUCAAAUUCAGAAACAAAUGUUGAAGAUACUUCAAUUUUAAGAUUCAUUGAAGAUAUACAAAAUUCACAAUUUAGAAAAUUUAUAUUAGAAAAUAAAUUCUUUUAGAAAGUAGCAAAUGAUUUAAUAUAUUUAUAAAAUAAAUUUAAUUUGAAAUUUAAUUUUAAGUUUUAUUUAUAUAUAUCAUAUAUAAAUGAAUAUAUAAAAAAUAAGAAUAUAAUUAUAUAAUAUUAUAUAUAUAUAAAUUUAUUAUAUUGCAUAAUUAUUGAUUUUUCAAUAUUUAUGAUUUAUAUAUAAAUAUUUUUUCCUAAUAUUAUUUUUUAUAUUAAAUACUUUUUACAUGGCAAUACAUUUUUUUUUAGUUUAAAUACUUUAUUUAUCAAAAGAAAUAGUAUAAAAACAUUUUCAUAACUUAUUUAGUACUAUAUUUAAAAGGAAAUUUUAUGUUUAUUACUAAAUGCUAGUUAUUCACACAUAUAAAAAUUAUAUAUAAUAAAUACAUAUAAAUUGAAUGAUUUUAUUGCAAACUUUACAAAGGUUUUGUAAUUUUACUUUAUGUUAAUUGAAAUUUUAAUAAUAGAUUUGUUUUUAAUAAAAUAUUUUUUGUAUUAGAAAAAAUAACAUUAUAUAACAAAAACUGUACUUAAAAUUAAAAUAAACAAUAGUAAAGUGCCAUUCAAUUACUAAAA